AUGAAUCCCCUGAUGCUAGCCUUCACUAUCUGUGGGUCUCUAGCUCUGAUGGCCAAAGCUGGCUGGGAAACUCAAAGAUGCUGGAAAGAUGACGUAGGACACUGCAGGAAGCGAUGUUUCAAAAAUGAAAGAUACAAGCUUCUUUGUAAGAAUAAGGUGACAUGCUGUAUUCCCAUAUCAGCACAUAUUUUUACCACAAAGCCACCAAAUCGUGGGAUAGAUAUAGAAGAAAGAACAACUACAACGAAAGUGUAUUCUAUUCCCACCAUAGAUGACUUUAUUACUUUUAAACUUUUUCACACGGUCAAGAAAAUUUCUUCCAAAACACAUUCUUCUGAGUGUACUGUGAAUAUUGGUUAA